GCUCAGGUGGACAGGGCGGGGGGUGACGGUGGCGGGAAAGGUGGUGAAGUGUGGGAGCCACGGCCACCGGGAAAGAACGUGGCGGUGUCAGGCAGCACUCAGCACUCAUCCGGCUCCUUCCUACUGGCGCGCUGCCUCAAUCUGAAGUUCCAAGUUCUUUUUAGUUUUCUGGAAAAAGAGGCCUUUCCCAGGGGCCCAGGACUGCCCGGGAGGACAAUGGAGUCCGGAGCUCGCCCCGUUGGUAGCAGCUGUAGCAGCCCUGCAGCGCUCUCCCGGGAAUACAAACUAGUGAUGCUGGGUGCCGGUGGAGUUGGGAAGAGUGCCAUGACAAUGCAGUUCAUCAGCCACCGAUUCCCAGAAGACCAUGACCCCACCAUUGAAGAUGCUUAUAAAAUCCGGAUCCGCAUUGAUGAUGAGCCUGCCAAUCUGGACAUCCUGGACACAGCAGGACAGGCAGAGUUUACAGCCAUGCGGGAUCAGUAUAUGAGGGCAGGAGAAGGAUUCAUCAUCUGUUACUCCAUCAUGGAUCGUCGAAGUUUCCACGAAGUUCGGGAGUUUAAACAACUGAUUUACCGGGUCCGACGCACCGAUGAUACACCGGUGGUUCUUGUGGGGAACAAGUCUGACCUAAAGCAGCUGAGGCAGGUCUCCAAGGAAGAGGGAUUGUCUCUGGCUCGAGAAUUCAGUUGUCCCUUUUUUGAGACCUCAGCUGCCUACCGUUACUACAUCGACGAUGUUUUCCACGCCCUCGUCCGGGAGAUCCGUAAGAAAGAGAAGGAGCUAGUAUUGGCCAUGGAGAAGAAGGCCAAACCCAAGAGCAGCGUAUGGAAGAGGCUGAAGUCACCUUUCAGGAGGAAGAAAGACUCGGUCACCUGAAUGAAGUGGACUGUGCUCCUGUGAACUGCAGUGCUCCUCGUGCCUGCUGUGAACUGCAGUGCUCCCCCAUGCAGUCCAGUAAUCUGCAGCAGGGAGCAUGCUGUCUGCUCUCUGCUAUGUGGUUAUUCUAAAUGUCACUGGCGAGGGGACUCGCCUACUGGGAGCUGUCAUUGACUUACUGUCUAAAGCCCUGUGCUCGGUGACUCCCACGCAUGAGCUCAUCAGGGCUGUGUCUACUCCUUAAUUGUCACACAUUAGAAUCUGGUCAGCCAUUGUUUUGGUUAUGUUGCUGAUGUAAAUUUGUGUAAAUGGUUUCUACCCAGGAGAGUAUGUGUACCGUGUGCACUUGACUAAGUUCACAACAGAACGUUGUGUUGUAUUCUCCCCACCACCCUUCAACCUGAACUUCCAACUGUCUCACAGAAGGACCUCUUCGUUGUGUAGCCACACUGUGCAUCCUGGAGACAGAGCAGAGAUUGAGUAGGGGAACGAGCAGGUGUCUGCGGAGCAGACUCCUGUGGUGGACCGUGGAGUGCAGAGGGUUAGGGAGAUCUUGCCAUUGCUCACACAAGAAGACAGAGCCGGAAACAUGCAGGGCCAGACCAGUGUUCCUACAGUGAGCCCCAGAACUGCACAUUUGACCCAAAGGCACUCAGGUGGUGAGAAGAGACAGAAGCGCAUUUCUCUCUGAACAUGCUUGGCUCUCCCCA